AUGGACCCCGCUUCGAUCCUCCUGAGCCAACGGAUAAUCUUCCUCGGCACGCAGGUGGACGACUUCAGCGCGGACCUCAUUAUCAGCCAGCUGCUGCUGCUCGACUCGCAGGACCCCACGCGCGACAUCAAGCUCAUCAUCAACUCCCCGGGCGGCUCGGUGACGGCGGGCAUGGGCAUCUACGACGCCAUGAAGCUGUGCCGCGCGGACAUCUCCACGAUCUGCUUCGGCCUCGCCGCGUCCAUGGGCGCGUUCCUGCUCGCCACGGGCACCAAGGGAAAGAGAUUUUGCAUGCCCAACGCGCGCGUGAUGAUUCACCAGCCGCUGGGAGGCGCGCAGGGGUCGGCCAUAGACGUGGGGUUGCAGGUGCGGGAGAUGAUGUACCACAAGGUCAAGCUCAACAAGAUCCUCUCACGAGUCACCGGCAAAUCAGAGGAACAGUCACCGGCAAGUCAGAGGAACAGGUGCGUUGUUGCCUUCUCCCCUGCCCUCCACCUGCGCGCCUUGCCUUCUCCCCCUGAUUCCUCCGCUUCCUCCCCCUGCCUCUUCCGCCCGGAUUUAACAAGAUUAUCUCACGAGUCACCGGAAAGUCAGAGGAACAGGUGCGUGCGCUGCCCCUUCCCCUCCCCCACCCCCCUCCUUCUUCCUGCCUGCCUCCCCUCCUUCAGCCUGCCUCCCUCUUCCUGCUCCCGUGCCUCUUUCCUUGCCUGCACCCUUCCUGACUCUCCCCAUGCCACUCCCCUUCUUGACCCCCUACCUCCCCCAUAUGCCUCUCCCCUUGCCUCUCCCCCUGCCUCUCCUCCUGCCUCUCCCCCUGUCUCUCCCUUUGCCUCCCCCCCUGCCCCUUGCCUGCUCUCUUUCCUGCUCCCUUUAAUUCCUUCCCUGACCUUCUCUCCCUCCUUUUAA